GAUUAUUUCUCAAAGCCAAACUUUAAAGAGGGAAAUACCGUUUCUUUUUUUUUUUUUUUUCUUGCUGAUUUUGCAAGGGUUUAGGGCACUUGAAGCUUUGGCUUUGGCCAUGGCGGGAUCAGCGCAGCUGUGCUUAUUUUGUCAGAUCGCUCGCUCUUCGACUUCCACUCAUCUUCUCUACACAGAUGAUCAAGUCAGUGCAUUCCCCGAUAUCAAUCCGUCAGCCUUUAGGCAUUACCUUGUCAUACCUAAAAACCACAUUCCUACUGUUAACCAUCUCCUCAGGAGGGCCGAAGAUUAUCAGUUAGUCAUAUGUUGGAUGUUGGACGAAGUCUUCUUCGACAAGAUGCCCCCGAAUCUAAGUUAUAUAGAUUUGGAUUUCAUCAACCUCCAUUCAACAGUGUCAAUCAUCUCCAUCUUCAUUGUUUUGCAUUACCUUUUAUCCCAAGUUUUAGCAGAUGGAAACAUCUAAAAUACUUGUCUUUGGGGCCACUUGGGGGAUUCCUUGAAGCUGAGAAGCUUCUGGAGAGGAUUAGACCGUUGUAACCAUCACAUUUGUAAUUUCAUAUAUAACGAUGUACUUUAUUAAUUGGCAUGCUUCCUUCUUACAUUUUUCAUUUCAUAAAAUUGUGUCCUUAUUAAUACUGAUCAUUUAGUUAAUGUUCAAAAAGGAUCAGUAAAGGUCGGCAAAAUUUGUGGAAUUAUAUUGGUUGUAUUGGGCUUGCUCAGCCAACAACCCUCCAAGAAAACAAAAUUGAAUCAUUUAUUUAAUAUACAUUUUGAAGCAUUUGUAAUGCCUAAGAAAGCAAAAUUAGCCGAAGUUUCCUUUUUUUGCCUUUUCAAAUGUCAGAUAUUCAUGACACAACUUCAAUUAUUAAUACUUUUUUAGCAC